UCAUAUCAUGUCUCAAACAUGAUUCAUUUCAAAGACAACAUGUGGAUUACAAUGAGUGUUUUCAUUUUGUUCAUUGAUGACGUAACGGGUACCUGUUCAGGUCAAGUUUAUAAGAAGACUAUAUUUGAGGGUAUUUUAUUUAAAGAUUGGACAUCGGCACCAACUGUUGGUUCUAUUCGAGAAUGUGGGGAGAAAUGUACAACAGAUACGGAAUGUCAGUCAUUUGGUAUUAAUCUCCGUACUUUACAAUGCUAUCUUUACAAUAUUUUAAUCUGGUCUGGGGGUCUAGGUGCUGAAGAGCCAAAUAUGGUGUAUUAUUGGGCUUACCAGAAAACAUGUCCAACUGACCAGGCCUACAUUGACAACGUCCAAGCUAAAUGCUGUUACAGGUACUAUGCGGUGGGGCUGGGGUGGACAGAUGCCAUGAAACAAUGUAGCAUGGACAAUGGACAUCUCUAUUUAGGGGAUACUAAACAGAAAGUAGAGAUCGCCAUAAGAUAUCUUCCUGAAGUGGGAUAUGCUCCUCAUUGGUUGGGAUCGACUGACGUCAGCUCAGAAGGAACAUGGAACUGGUUAAACGGUGAAACUGUCAAUUCUUCAGGAUGGGGAAGGGGUUCACCAGAUAACUAUCGUGACACAGAUCACUGUAUGGCAAACAAUGCCAACGGAUUUUUCGAUGGAGAAUGCACUGACAAGUUUCACUUCAUGUGUGAAAUACCAGUUGUCUAA